GGACCACUCCAGUAUGUAUGACUACUACAUUUGUCUAAUCACUGACACUGAAAGCAACAUACCGUCGUCGUCGAGAGCGUGACUUGAAUUCUGCUGGAGUUCAGCUGGAUCAGCUCUGCGGAGUAACGCGGCAAAUUCUGGAUGCCCAUCAGGCCUUAGAUUGAUUGUAGCGGUCAGACCGAUUCCCAAGACUGCUCAUUGCUUAUACCGCCAUCUUACCUCAGGCUGUUUCUCUCCCCACUUGUGUUGCUGCCUGCGUUUGAAGCCUCAUCACCCAGAUUGACAUGUUCGCCAGGGAUGUUGAUUUGUAUCGUCGGCCCUAGCCUUCUCAACUCAAUCAAACGGACGGUGACACUCUUCUGUGCUCUGCUGACCUUGCUUCCCUUCGACAGCUCACCGGGUAAACGCACAAGCUACAUCAUUAAGACUUACUCAGCGGGAUAUAUGUGGCCGGGUCCCCGAUACUUAACUGCGCACAUGGCAGGAGUUCAAGCUCACAAGGUGACAUCCAAAUGUCCUCCACACAAAAUCCACUGAAGAUUACGAUUGUCGGGGCCGGAAUCGGUGGGCUCUCCGCUGCUAUCGCCCUGCGUCACAGCGGGCAUGUCACACAGGUUUUCGAACGUUUGGAGGCGGACAUCGAGCUCGGGGCAGCGCUAAGCGUGCAAGAGAAUGCGAUGCGUGUUCUGAACCGAUUUGGGAUCAACCCCGAGAACAUGAAGCCCGUCUAUGCUCGCGGGCUUGUGGGUUUCAAUCCUAUCACUGGAGAGAGCAGGGAGGUUUUGCUUGUGCCGCAGGAUGCAGCACCAGCUCCAACUGAUACUCUACUCGUCCACCGCAGCGACUUGCACGAGGAACUCAAACGGGUUGCACUGUCUCCAGACGGCAAUGGUCCUCCCGUGCAUAUCAGACUGGGCUGCAAGGUCGUCUCGUGUGAGCCGGAAGCCGGCAUCGUCGUCCUCGACUCGGGAGAGACGAUUGCCGCGGACCUGGUCAUCGGGGCAGAUGGUCUGCAGUCGGUCAUUCGAUCACACGUCCUGGGGCACCCUCAGGAUGCGGAGCCAACAGGUCUAUCUUGCUGUCGCAGCGUAUUCAAGGCUGCUUCAAUGAAAAACAGACUUUACAUACCGGCUUGGGAGAGUGGCUUGUGAUGGCUUGUAGCGGCUGUCGGAGUUUGAAUUU